ACCUUUCAUUUGCAGAAGAUGUAACAUUAAAACCUCAUUCAGAUUCUCCCAUAUUUAUAAGCAGGCUUAUAUAUGCUAUCUCUGAUAUAUGGCUCAUCGUCGUGAAGAUUCUAACCCUUUUGCUGAUGAAGAUCUUAAUCCAUAUUCGAAACCUGGAAAUUUUCCCUCGCAAAAUUCAAGGUUAAAACCUCUUUCUCAUGAACCUGUAGAUUAUAAUCGUGAUGCAACAGUCGAGAUUCCUCUUGAUAGCUCCAAGGACCUUAGAAAGAAGGAGAUGGAGCUUCAAGCAAAAGAAAAUGAACUGAAAAGGAGAGAAGAGGACUUGAAGAGGAGAGAGGAUGCUUUAGCCAGAGCUGGAAUUGUUAUAGAAGAGAAAAAUUGGCCUCCCAUAUAUCCCAUUAUCCAUCACGAUAUUGAAAAUGAGAUUCCAGUUCAUUUACAGAAGUUGCAGUAUGUUGCUUUCACGACAUAUUUAGGUUUGGUUUUGUGCCUUGUAUGGAACCUAUUUUCGGUUACUGCAGCAUGGAUCAAGGGGGAAGGUGUAAUGAUCUGGUUACUUGCCAUCAUCUACAUCAUAUCAGGAGUCCCGGGAGCUUAUGUGUGUUGGUAUCGUCCUCUUUAUCGUGCUAUGAGGACUGACAGUGCUCUAAAGUUUGGCUGGUUCUUCUUGACAUAUGUGUUUCACAUUUCCUUCUGCUGUUUGGCUACAAUCGCUCCUCCAAUGUUUUUCAAAGGCAACUCUCUCACAGGAAUCUUGCCAGCAGUAGAUUUGUUCAGAUCUAGUACUCUGGUUGGGGCGCUUUAUUUUGUAGGAUGUGUUUUUUUUGCCAUAGAAUCAAUGCUGAGCAUCUGGGUUAUUCAGCAAGUCUACAUGUAUUUUCGAGGUACUGGCAAAGCUGCAGAGAUGAAACGUGAAGCAGCAAGAUCAAUGGCAGCAGCAUUAUAACACACUGGCCUACAAAUUCAUUUAGAUAGAACCUUUGAAGGACUUUCGUUGUCUGGUUGAUUGUACUUCAGUUGCCACUCUUUUCAUAGGCCUAGACUGAAGAUUUAGUACCCGCCGACCUCAUCGGUGAAAUUCAAAUGUGUACAUAGAAAUGAUUCCUGACCAGCAUAGUUGAGUUUAGACACUUGAUUUUUGUUAAGAAGUUAUAAAGACAGGUUUCCUGAUUAUGUACUGUAUUCAAAAGCUGAAGGUGCCCACCAGAUUGUAGAGGAUUCAAUUCGUCCUGGUGUUUCUUACUAUAUCGGUGUAAUGUGUAACUAUAAAGACAAGCACAACAGCCAUUUGAUACUUGUUUAGGCUGAUCUACUAUUUACACUGAUUCUGUUUAGUUGAACAAAAUUCAUGUAACAA